UUAUAUUUAUACAAAACAAUUGACCGCAUGUUUUGAUGGCUUUAAUUAGCGCACUAUUGGGCCACAAAUGCCGUACGGUAUUCACCCGAUUGUCGCCGACAAUGACGGCGACAGCAGCGGCCAACACAGUGACCAUAACAACGACUACCAGACCGAUGUCUCAGUGGACACCAAAUCACGCCGAACCUAUUCAAGAUGUGGACACCAUCGAUGAACUGAUGAAAUCUUCGGCAUCGGUGGACGAAUUGGGCGAUUUGGCCUUCAAACCGAUCAAAGCUCGGCAAUCGUGGGAAACGUGUUCACUGUUUUACGAUAAUCUGUUGCAUCGGUUCAUUCGUAUGGCUCACCGAAAAGGCCAGAAAACAAUGAUGAGGGAUCUAAUGCGGGAAACGUUUGGCGUUGUAAAGUCAACUCAGUUGCAGAAGUACAACGCGGCCACCGAUGAUGAUGUCCGGUCGGCCAUCGAAUUGGAUCCGUUGCGUAUAUUUAAGGUGGCGGUUGAUAAUUGUCGACCACUGAUUAUUACGCAACCGGUUAAGCGCGGCGGUGCCACCUAUCAGGUGCCGUAUCCGUUGCGGGUCAACGAAUCGGAGGAUAUGGCUAUGCGUUGGUUGAUUACGGCAGUCAAAGAGCGGCCCAAACCCAGGAAAACGUUUUUUCCCGAAAAUAUGGCCCGCGAACUGAUCGAUGCCUACUAUAAUGAGGGCAAAGUGGUCAAAAAGAAACAGGAUAUGCAUCGGGUAUGCGAGGCCAACAGGGCGUACGCCCACUAUCGAUGGGGCUAACUUCAGGAGGCGAGGGGGAGUCAGUCGCUGACCAUGUUUUUUUUGGCCAUUUUUUAUUAGCAUAUAAUUUGUUAGGUAUUUUUUUGUGUCAUUAAUUUUUUUAUUGUA